AUGAAUAAGUACGCUUCCACUACUGUCAGUGUUUUACCAAGACUUCAUCCAACUCGAAAAGCUUGGAUAAAUUUUGAAUGGGCUGCCUCUGUUAUCCCAGAAUUUAAAAAGGAUGAUCCAUAUGUGUUUGUAUCUACUUCUUCUAAUCCAUUCAUAGGCUGGAUAUUCAAGCUUUUUCACAGUCCUACACUCGAGUCUUCUUUCCUUGAGAUUUCCAAAUGUGAUGAGCUCGUUCAAAACAACGUUUCUAUCUCUUCUAUCUCUCCAAUCGAGUUAAAUUGCGUCGAGUUCUGCAUAUGGUCAGAUAUUCCGACGAACAUGGAGGCAGUCCUUAGGUUGUAUAGAGAAGAAAGAAUACCUUUAAAAAAUGGAGAGUUUAUUUCAGAUGGUGUUCAGGUCGCUCAAUGUCUUCCUGUAACGCAGGGUUAUAUUUCAUCCCGUACCCGUAUUGAAAAAUGCGUUAUAUCUGGCUCAAAACCUUUGCCUUCAUAUGAAGACCUGUCAUUACUUUUUACCAGAAAAUUGUCUUCAACUAUUGAUUCCAAUGAACUUUUAAUUGAAGAAUUUGAUAUAUCUGUAGAAGCCGAUUGUUUUUUAGCUAACUGCUUUAAUGCUUUCGUGCAUCCUGUGACGCUGUCUUCUCUGAGAAAAAGAAAAGAAUCCUGGAUAAAGCUUGGUACAAAUAAUGAUACGUUUAUCUAUGCAAAAGCCAUUCCUACUUGUGACGUUGCUGAAAACACCGUGAGGGUUUCUCCAACGCUUUCUUCAUUAUUUGGAGAAAACAAGACACGUUGUAUCCCGAGUUUGGAUUCCCCAGUUGUUGUUUCUGCAAAAAGAAUAAGGUUAAAAUGUAUUUAUCUACCUUUCCAGUCUGACGGUACUUUACAGCAUAAAGUUUGGGAUUUCGUACGGGAAGUAAUUUCCCAGGGAACUGAAUUAUGCCUCAAUGCUGCGUUUGCUUUACGGAUAGAUAAAAACUCGAAUAUUUUUCAUGAAUCUCCAACUUUUUUGGAAGAACAUUUACAAUUCGCUUGGUUCAUAAUGGAUGAGGUUGAAGCUCAAGCAGGAGAUAUCUACUAUGUUGAUCAUUCUACGGAGAUUGAAUUAGAAACCAUUGGCACCUCAAAAUAUUUACCUUCUUUAAAAAAAAGAUUUCUUCCAUUCGUUGCAACGAACGAGGUAACUAAAAAGCUGCAUGCUAUGUUAAAAGCCCUUUAUACACACCCUCAACCGCCAGUACGUUACCCGUUUUUUAUGAUUUCAGGAUGGAGAAUUAUGGAUAUGAAUGAAAUUGUUUCAUGCAUUUCUUCCAACUUGGGUAUUCCCUUGUUUUCGGUUUCAUGUUAUGACCUUGUCGAUUUGGACAAGACAAAAGUUACUUCAAAAAUAACUGAAUUUUUGAAGCCUUUGUCCCGUCAUCUAUAUGGAAUUAUCCUGAUUAAAGAUUUGAAUGUUUUGAGUUUACCAAUUGAAGGUUCCAUUAAUAAUGUCAAUUCAAAAUUGAUAACAAUAUUUAAAGAGAAAUUGAAUUUAUUUCAUUAUAACAGGUACGCUAUAAUUGGAGUCGCCUCAAACGUUGAAAACAUUCCUGAAGAAAUUAUGGGUGAAUCUUUCUACGAAUUUGCGUUUUCGAAUCUUAAUGAUGACGAGAGACUACAACUCUUAAGAGUAUUUUCUAAGAAUUUUCACGUUGAGAAAAACGUUAAUUUGGUUGAGAUAUCAAAAGCAACGAGUGCAUUUCCUUUACACCUACUAGGUACUUUAUUUGAAACUUCAUUACUUAGAGCCAUACGGCAUCUCAGACAAAAUCAUACUGAAUACUCCAUACAUUGCUCUGGUCCCGUUGUAUCUGAACAUGAUAUUUACAAAGAAAUUGACAUUCACAGAAAAGAAUGCCUAACUGGCGAUUUCAAGAUUCCAAAAGUAAAAUGGGAAGACAUUGGAGGUCUAGACGAAGCAAAGAACGUAUUAAAAGAUACGUUGCAUUUGCCUUUAGUAAGGCCGGAACUAUUUGGUAAAGGGGUAAACAUGCGAGGAGGUGUUUUAUUAUAUGGACCCCCAGGAACCGGGAAGACGUUGUUGGCCAAAGCCGUAGCUACAGAACUCUCUUUAAGUUUUCUGAGUGUUAAAGGACCUGAACUUUUGAAUAUGUACGUUGGUGAAUCAGAAGCCAACAUGCGUGAAAUCUUUACAAAAGCCAAAAACGCGGCGCCUUGUAUAAUAUUUUUUGAUGAAUUAGAUUCAGUCGCUCCAAAAAGAGGAGAUUCUAGCGAUAGUGGCAACGUCAUGGAUAGAAUAGUUAGUCAACUCUUAGCAGAACUUGAUUCAGUUCAUAAGUCGGACAAGUUUGUUUUUGCUAUAGGAGCAACUAAUCGACCGGAUUUGUUGGAUCCUUCGCUUCUUCGUCCAGGGCGGUUUGAUAAAAUGGUAUAUCUUGGAAUCAACUCUACUAUAGAUGCUCGUGAAAAAGUUCUUCGCACUAUUACCAGAAAAUUCAAGCUAGAUGCAGACGUCAAUUUUUAUGACAUUGCAAAACAAUGCACAAAUAAUCUUACGGGAGCUGACCUUUAUGCUCUGUGCGCAGAUGCUCUUUCCCUCGCCUUAAAACGGAAAACUACUGAGAUAGAAGAGAUCGUCAAAAGUUCACGCGCAUAUGUAUCUGUUGAGGACUUUUUACAAUGUCAUGAUGGACAGGAUAUUCUUGAUUUACGUAUUCAACACUCUGAUUUUGAACUUGCAUUGCAGAAAUUAAAUCCCAGCGUAUCAGAAUCGGAACUGGAACAUUAUGAUCGUUUAAAGGAACAGUUUCAAAAUAAUUAUAGAGGAACACGGUACAAAGCGGAUAAAUAG